CAGGAGCGUGGAAGACGCAAAACACGGUUAAUUUUGAACGAUUUAGGUUUUAUUGAAAUGUCAGAUUUGUAGUCCUGACAGAGGACGUAUCUGCACGCGAAGCUGAUGAACCUGAUUUACUUUUUGACAGAAAACUUCAAACUUUUCUCCAUGUGGAUAUUUCUAAACUCUGGAUCUCACUGGUUUGACAGUUAACAGGAUUGCAUUUGGAAAAGGAACCUGAAGAAGGUGCUGAUCUAAAACACCGGGGACCUGAGCACCUUGCACCGGGAGAGCUGCUCGUUUCUGUCCGUCCAGACUCCGGUCUCCGUCUCCGAGCUCAGCAUGAUGUCUUAUUUGAAACAGGGCCCGUACGGGAUGAACGGACUGGGCCUUAGCGGAGCCGCCAUGGACCUGCUGCACCCGUCUGUGGGAUACCCGGGUAACCCCCGGAAGCAGCGUCGAGAGCGCACCACCUUUACGCGCACUCAGCUGGACAUUCUGGAGUCUCUGUUCGCCAAGACGCGCUAUCCGGACAUCUUCAUGAGGGAGGAGGUGGCGCUGAAGAUCAACCUGCCCGAGUCCCGAGUGCAGGUCUGGUUUAAGAACAGACGAGCAAAGUGUCGCCAGCAGCAGCAGCAGAGCAAUAGCAGCACCAAGGUGAAACCCAUGAAGAAAAAGUCGUCUCCGACCAGGGAGAGCACCGGGUCUGAGAGUAGCGGUCAGUUCACCCCGCCCGCUGUGUCUAGCUCCUCUUCCUCCACCACCUCGUCUUCAUCCUCCUCAUCGUCCUCCGCUAUCUCCUCUGGCCUUAGUGGUCCUGGUCUGAUGAGCACCUCCUCCUCCGUCACCGCCCCUGUGUCAUCCAUCUGGAGCCCGGCGCCCAUCUCCCCGACCCCUGCUCAACCCACACUCCCUGACCCCGCUGCCCCCACCAGCGCCUCCUGCAUGCAGCGCUCCAUGUCCUCCUCUGGCACUGGGGGGACGCCCUCAUACCCGGUGUCCUACAGCCAGACAGCAGCAGCUUACAGCCAGGGUUACCCCACUUCAGCGUCGGGCUCUUACUUUGGUGGCAUGGAGUGCGGCUCAUACCUGGCACCUAUGCACUCCCACCACCACCCGCAUCAACUCAGCCCCAUGACUGGUAGCUCCAUGUCAGGACACCCGCACCACCACAUCGCACAAACGUCAGGGCACCACCACCACCACCACCACCCAACGCAUCACCACCAGGCGUACAGCGCACCGGGCCUCGCCUUCAACUCCUCAGACUGUCUGGAUUACAAAGAGCAGACGGCGGCGUCGGCAUGGAAACUCAACUUUAAUACCUCCGACUGUUUGGACUACAAAGACCAGGCCUCAUGGCGCUUCCAAGUGCUGUGAUUUCCUGUUUCUCUUCUUCUCUGCUUACAAAGAAGUCUUCUCUUUUUGUUGGUGGUUUAUUUUUUGAAGAUCCGUAAAACUAAUAGUAGAGACAUUUUAAGAACGUUUUUUUAUUUGUGAACAAGCUGAAACGACACACAGAGCUCGACUUGGACUCCAGGAUUAUUUUUCUACUCCAGAACUUUCCAGAAACUGACUCAUUUUCACCUUUUGAAAACCUUUAGUACAUUUUUAGAGGAACUUACAGGAUUGUGCAUUCUGGGAUUCUUUGAGUGAUCAAUUACUUUUUUUUCCUAAACAUGAUGCUGCUAUGAUUUUCAGGUUGCUGAUGUUCAUUUCUCUCUGAUUUCCGACUUCAAUCUUGUUCAGAAACUGGUCGUCUGGCUUGCUGGGUGUUGUAUGUUGGAGAUUGAAUUGCAGCACUUGUUUAUAAAGUGAAAGAUUGUUUUUCUUUGAGGGGGAAACUAAAUAAAAAUGUGAAUGAGACAUGAAUUGUCAGUAUUCCAGUGAAAUUUGAAAGAUGUACAUUCGUG